AGUCACUUUGGCUCAAGCACGUCCUGUGGCCCCCCCUCGUGGGCGCGUACAUGCCUCGGUCGAACUCUCCUCCUUAACGCCCCCGAGCUCGGGACCGGGGUUUAGACAAUGCAGGGCGCCUGGCAGACUGCUGUGCAGCCCCCCCCGGGGCAGGCGGCAUUCGAGGCGCCCCUGGCGCCCCACGCCGCUUCGUCGCCGGGCGGGGAUGGCCCCAGCGUCUCCUGGGCGAGCGAGGACAGUGGCUGCUCGGACAGCCUGGACGGCUCGGAGAGCUCGCUCGGCUCCAGCGACGCCUCCGAGGCCCCGCGGUCGAUCGUUCCCAUUGUCGCGGUGCAGUUUCUGUACAUGGUGGGCCUCGCGAUGACCGUCCCGGUCUUCCCGUUCAUCUGGACCUCGACGCCGAUGGCCAGCGGGGACGAUGUCCGGGGGGCGACCCUGCACGCCAAUGGCAUCUUCAUAAAUGCUGCUGCCGAGUUUUUUAGCGCAUCUUUUCUCGGCGUACUGUCUGACCGCUUCGGGCGGAGACCAUUUCUUGCACUGGCGAGUCUAGGACAGGUCAUUGAUUUUGCAGUCGCUGCCCUGGCCACGCCGAGACUGCGGGACAUGUGUGGAGAUACGUGGGGCCAUUUGGAAGAACAACCUGCGCUUUAUAUGGUCAUUGCCCGCACGUUAGCUGGAUUGCUGGGCAAUUUGACGAUAUUCGCAAAGGCUUCUGUGGCUGAUCUGAAUAUAGCUGAAAGUUCGACGCGAAAUUUUGCAUUUCUCGCUGCAUCUAUCGGCCUUGGGUUCAUUAUUGGCACGCCAGUUGGGGGAAUCCUCGCGAAACGGUUUGGCUUGCAUGUGCCGAUGACGAUUGCGUCUUGUCUGAACGGCCUUAGCAUUGUCAUUAUCUGGCAUAUACCCGAGCCGCUCUUGGCAAAGAAUCGCCGGCCAGUUGUUUGGUUGAAAGCCAACCCGUUCGGAGUUCUCUCGUUCUUGCGAUCGAGCCGGUUCUUGAAAUUCUUUGCUGCGAUGGCUCUUCUGGACCAGUUUUCUCUAAGCCUGGUCACAACUUUGAUGGUUCCAUAUAGUGUCACGGUGUUCGGCGUGGACAAGAGUGUUGUAACCACUUUGGUCCUCGCUUUUGGGGUGACGCAGCUGGGCUUAUUUGCCUUGUUCUUACGUCGCAUUGUCAUGACGUUCGGCGAGAUCGCCGUCAUGCAGGCUGGUUACAUCGUAUCGUGGGCGUCGUACGUCGCGCUGGCAGUGAUCUCGUACAUGGGCGUAUUCCCUUUGAUGUAUGUGGCUUGCAUUCUCCUGGGCGUGGGGACCAUCAGCGGUCCAACGCAGACCGCCAUCGCCUCCCGCUGCGUAGGGGAGAGCGAGCAAGGGGUGUUGCAGGCGGCCAACGGCAGCCUAGACGUGGUCGGCAAGAUGCUCGCCUCGGGUCUCGUGUCCCUGACGUUCAAGCCCCUGGUGCACGCUGGACAGCCAAGCGUCAUUUGGUGGAUCGCCUCGCUGGUGCUGCUGCCAGGCGUGGCUAUCGCACUCAGGGUGUUGCAGCUGCUGCCGCCGGGCUUCCGCGAGGUGCGCGGCGGCGGCGCCGCGGACUGGGCCGACCAGGGCGGCAGCUCCAGCGACGCCCUGAGCCCUCGCCCCCGCUAGACUUAGAGGAUGUGUCCCGAUGGGCUCAGAGGAUGGCGAGUUGAGGCCCGGCCAGACGCAGCUCGGACAUUUCGUGCGUUUGGACCCCAGAAGUGGCGGAGCACCAGUUUUGAGCUCCCGUUGUCUCAAUCCGCCCUGCUCCGGAGCAGGGCGCAGUCUCCAGCCUGGAACACUGACCCAUAAUUUUGUACCGCAGCCCUCUGGCUGCGCCAGCGGCUUCCGCCGCAAAUGCUCGAGUCGGAAGUCCACGAUUUUGACAACGAUCGCGCAGGGCUCAUUUUCGGCUCCAGACUGGUUGGGCCUCGCGCGUGCGUAGCAUUGUGUUGUCGUCUGGUCAUGGGGCAUUGAUUAUUAUCAUUAGCCGUUUGCCAUCUCCUCCUACUCCUCCCACAGUCAACCCGCAUAAUAAGGAUGGGCAUCCUUCCCAAGGGUACCCUUGCAUCCUUGCCUCCUCGGUCCCUCCUCGACCAGUUUCGUCAGCCGCGCCCCGCUCGAGAAGCUUCGAAAUGAACGUCCAAGGCCCUUGCAUCCUUAU